AUGGGUCCCGAGAUAUCGCAGGAGAAAUACAACCAUACUUUGUUGGCCUCUCAGCGCCAUAGCUCCACGACUUACGGCAUUGCAGCCUGCAUAUCAAGAGUCGCCGACGCAGAAUGGACGAGGGCUUGUGAAGGGGUGCGGCGCUUUUCUCCCACGAUUGGAAAGUUAAGCCAGUGGCGAGCAUUUUGCGAAGGAGGAUGGACAGGACCAAUUCCUCAGGAUCUUCCGGAUAUUGAUUCUCCUCAACAGUUGGGCGAACCCGUCGACCAUUCGAUCCCGGCCAAUCGCCUAGAUGAGGUCGAUCGUUCUCAACCUCAGGGGAUAAGGAAGGGAGUCAAACCUGAACAGGAACAACACCAACCUCAGGACUAUACAGGUAACCACACAGGAACUAGUACACCUACGUUCGAAGGAUCAAUUGACGGAACUUCUGGGCAACAACAGUCCCACAACGUCAAUACAAUAGCUAUAAUGACUCCUCUGUUGUUGGCGGAAAUAAAAUAG